AUAAGAAAGUUCGGCCACCAACAUGAAAGUACACGGAAUCCUCUGUCUCAUUUGACAAAUAUAUUACCCCAUUAGUCAAAUGGGAAGACAAAAUUAGCAAUAGGAAUUAUACAAAAAACCUGCAGCCUAGUAUGUCCUCCAAGUGGCAGCAAUUCAAGACUUUUGCUUUCCCCUUCAACCAGCAAUCUUACUGUCGCUUACACAGAACAUUACAAGCAGAAAAAGUCAAUACAGUUCAUAACUUUAAUAAUUUUUCCCCUUAACAGAAUUUAGAAAGUUUCAACAACUGAGUCAUGGACUGAUGGUACAUAUUCAAAGCAUUACUCAAGCAUGAAUGAACUUCCACUUCCACUCAUGGUUUCCUCAGGAUUUCUCCCAAGUAGGAAUUUGCUGGAAACACUGAUUCACAUCUCUAACCAAGUAUUGUCAAUGGAAAAGCUUCCAUUUUUACAGGUGAAGAACAUCUCAACAAUGGUAAGAAGGAUCAAGAUUCUUUCUUCAUUGUUUGAAGAAAUUCAAGAAUCAUCAUCCACUGCACUACUUCCACCAUCCUCAAUCCUCUGCUUGACUGAGCUUUUCUCUAUUAUAAGAAAGGUAAAGCUCCUCAUAGGAAGUUGCAAAGAGAGCAGUUCUUUGUGGAAUCUCAUGCAAACAGAACUUGUUUCCAACCAAUUUCAUGCACUGAUGAAGGAAAUGGAAAAGGCACUUGAUAUUUUACCUUUGAGAUUGCUUCAUGUAACUGUAGACACCAAGGAGCAAGUGGAGCUACUUCUUAAGCAGGCGAAAAGGGCUGACUUGUUCAUUGAUCCUCGAGAAAUUCAGAAAAGGGAAGAGAUUCUCCAGUUGAUGGCUAAUAUUAACUGUGAUAAGAACAGCAAGAACCAAGGCUUCAUCGACUUUCGGAGAAUGAAGGACACUAUGAGCAGCGUUGGUUUGAGAAGCUCAUUAGAUUAUGAGGAAGAGAUCUCGAAAUUAGAGGCAGAAGCUGAGAAACAGGCAGGCACAGGUGGACUCAUCGCCAUCUCGAAUAUCAACAGCCUAAUAUCCUUGAUCUCCUUAUCGAAAGCAGCAAUUUUGGAAGAAGAACACCUCAUGAUUAAGCAAAUUUUGAAGCAGCCAGCACCAAUGAGUGCUCGUGCUGAUCAAUGCUCCUUGUGUUAUUCAGUGGUUCCCGACAUCCCUGAUGAAUUCCGGUGUCCAAUUUCACUUGACUUGAUGAGGGAUCCUGUCAUAAUAGCAUCAGGCCAUACUUAUGAUCGAAAUUCAAUCGCUCAGUGGAUAAAUUCAGGGCACCACACUUGUCCCAAAAGUGGUCAGAGGCUGAUACAUAUGGCUCUCAUUCCUAACUAUGCACUGAAAAGUCUAAUCCAUCAAUGGUGCCUAGAGAACAACAUUCCAAUAACAGAACCUACAUUAUCUCCUUCAGAUUCAGAAGGCAGCAGCAGCAGUAAGAUUAAGAACUGUGACAAGGCGAUUGACUACAUUUCUGCCACUAAAGCUGCUACAGAUGCUGUCAAAAUGACAGCGGAAUUUUUAGUCGGGAAACUGGCAACAGGAUCUCCUGAUAUACAGAGACAGGCAGCGUAUGAGUUAAGAUUGCUCGCGAAAACUGGAAUGGACAAUCGCAGAAUUAUAGCUGAGUCUGGAGCUAUUCCAUUUCUGAUGACUCUGCUAUGUUCCCGUGAUCCAAGAAUCCAGGAGAAUGCAGUCACAGCAUUGCUCAACCUUUCAAUACAUGAGAAUAACAAGAUCCUGAUUAUGUCUGCUGGUGUUAUCGACAGCUUAAUUGAAGUCCUCCAAUGUGGGAAAACGAUGGAAGCAAGAGAAAAUGCAGCAGCAGCAAUAUUCAGCUUGUCUGUAAUCGACGAAUACAAAGUAAUCAUAGGGGCACGUACCAGAGCGAUUCCAGCUUUGGUCGGACUCUUAGAAGAAGGAACUACAGCAGGGAAAAAGGAUGCUGCUAUAGCACUCUUUAACCUUGCAGUCUAUGAUGCUAACAGGCCAAGUAUAGUGCUUGCUGGAGCUGUUCCUCUACUUAUUAAUCUUCUGAUGGAUGACAAAGCUGGUAUAACUGAUGAUGCAUUGGCGGUUCUUGCCCUUGUCUUGGGCUGCAACGAAGGGCUGCAAGCGUUGAGAAAGAGUAGGAUCUUGGUUCCUCUUCUUGUUGAUCUAUUGAGAUUUGGAUCUUCAAAAGGGAAGGAUCAUUCAAUAACACUACUGCUGGGACUCUGCAAGGAUAGUGGAGAGGAGGUUGCAGGAAAAUUACUAAUGAAUCCAAGAAGUAUUCCUUCUCUCCAAAGCUUGUCUGCAGACGGAUCCCUGAGAGCUCGAAGAAAGGCUGACGCUUUCCUAAGAUUACUCAAUAGAUGCUGCUCUCAAUCUCAGUAACCCUGAUGGAUGAGAGAAAUGAAUACACUGUUAACAAGAAUGUAAAUGGAUGGAAAUACUUCACAUUAAGUUACUGUAAUUCAACCUUUAUCCCUUUCACCAUAAACCUGAUGACAUCCAAUCAAGUUGUAAAACUCUUCUUCAUUGAAGCCACAUUGAAAUGCAAAUUAUUAUGAGUCAGUAUAUUACUUUCAGCACGUUGCUCAUGAAAACCUGCUCUCUUUGAGCAUGAAAGAGCACAGAGGAGAAAAUCAAGGGGAAACCAUCUCUCAUCAAAUAUUGUCCCUGCUUUGUUAGCGCAUAAAGCAUAUUCAUUGAAAGUACUGCCAAAAUGCAAAAAAGAGACAGUAAGAUGAGAACAUUCAAAUGGAGAUUUAGACUAGAAACUUCGAUCAAAGAGAUCGAAAUAUAAUUGCAUUUCAUGGGUCCUCUGACAACGAUGAAACCUUAUGGAUUAACAUUAGUAUCCAGAGAAGCGAACACUGGAUAGAGAAUGAAGUGGCAAAGCAGAAACGUGAGAAAAGUAAGAGUAAAAUGUCCACAAGUGUUUGAAUCCAAGCCAUAAACGCUUGCUGGCACGUUCCUCUCCAACUUGACUACCGAUAGAAACAGCUUCUUCUCCGGCCAACAUAAUCAAUGAUAAUACAUUGUUCACACACCAAUUAGACCCUUGCCGUGAAAAGAACAAAUCUGCAACUUCUUACUAUCUUCAUAUUUUAUUGGGCUCGUUUCCUUUUUUUUCUCAAAAAUAAAACCCUGCAACUUCAAUCCAAAUAAAGAGUUAUCCCUAACAUAAAAAUAAACGUAGAUGCCACGAGCAUUCAUCUUCAUGGAAUCGAUUUUGUUACAGAUGCUCAAAUAGCAUACAACAAUGACCAAGAAACCCGGAGUGAAACAUGAAUGAUUUACAUUUACACGAAAAAAGGAAAGAAAAAUAUACAACUGUGGUAUUAGAGUUGUCAAAUUACAUUAGACAUGAUUUACAACUAAAUUACAAAUAGCUGCAAUUAAUCACAAAACUGCUCAGAGAGUUCGAGUGGUUCAACUUUUGUUCAACCAAGCCUGAAAGUGGAGUUACAAGCCCCAGUUGUGAACCACGAUUCAC